CCCAGGAAGAGGUGUUUUUGGGGAGGAAUCCCACAUUUGUUUUGUUGAAUGACGUGAAAUUGCUUCACCCCUCCCCCUGGGGUUGACUGAUCGGCCUUGGGGACAGGAUGGGAUGGACCGGUCUGGCCUCUCCCUCUGCCAGGUCUUGACAUCUUUACAAGCAUUAGUCUUUAACUUGUCUGUUUAACACGUUCAGCCGGGCUGCUUAACAUGUUUGGUCACCGCAUAGUUGAUCUCAAGUGAACCAAAAUUACGAAUGAACACACAAUAGUAAAGCAACAGUGCACGUUAAAAAUGUCUGGAGAGUCCAUUUGUGUUCCUUAUCAUCCAUACAAUGAAGCUGUGUAACAACCAUUUAUUUGGUUUUCAGUGCUUAUUUUAUAUUUAAUACAGAGCAGUGAUUACAUUCAUUCAUCACCUAUGGACAAUUUAGAGUCUUCAAUCAAGGUGUGACUUGGUGUCACAUUAUUUUUUUAAUUACAGUAAUUACUUGUUGUUGGUUAAUUUAACUGAAUUGCAUUGGAAGACAAAUUCAAGUAAAAAAAACAACGACACAUUUUGGAAUUUGAUUUAAAAUCUCUGCGUUUGAGUGUAGUAAUAAAAUACUCAGCCUAGUUUAACUAAUCAACAGACUUAUACUCUCAAAUCGCUACCAAGGAUUUAUCAUCUUGGACUGAAGUCCCAGUGCUUGCAGCGCACACUUUUUUUUGCACGGAAAUUUACGACGUCCCACAAAGGCUAAUAGCGAAAGACAACCUGCGUUGGCCUCCGAUUGGUCCACAGUCUUCCAAGACAAGAGUACAAAAGAGCAGACGAACAUGCAGUGUGACACACACACAGACCUCAACAUGACAGCUCAAACCAUGGCUGCAACACUGCUGGUGGAGGAACCCCGGCAGCGGAGCACCCCACUGGCCAUGUUGGCGGCCACUUGUAGUAGAAUUGGAGAGUCAAGUCCAUCCUGUACCACUCCUGACCUCUCCGACAUGGCCAUGGGACUCUCCAAGGGCUUCCACCCGUGGAAAAGGAGCAUCCCGGCCACUUGUAUCACUUCCAGGAGUAACCAAGGGGGGUUCCCCGAGACCUCGAGCGCAUUCUCAGUGACCAACAUCAAUGAGUUUCCAGUCUACCAGAAUCCAGGGCAGUCCGACGCAAGGUUUCCCGAACAGCGGUCCACGUUUCUCACCAAUUUACCUGCGUCCGUGGAAGGCAUCGCUGGGAUAUACCCGCGGCUCCACGCGCAUCCAUACGAGUCGUGGUUCAAGCCCGUGGUGGAGGUCGGGAGUGGGCCUUCCUCUUGGUGGGACGUCGGCACUUCAUGGGUGGAUACGUCCAACUCAGCCGGGAUGGCAUCCUCCCUGGGCGACCAUGGCUCCCCUGAGCACACCCCCAGCGCAAUUCAGCAACUCAUCCCAGGCACGCAGCACCCCUUGGACGGCUUCAGGCCACCCUACUCGGAGUCUAGCUCCUCCAUGCACCCUCUGCCGGCUCAUUCACGCUCCUCGACGCGUCGCUACGCGGGCAGAGCCACCUGCGACUGCCCCAACUGCAGAGAGGCGGAGAGCCUAGGUCACGGCGCGGUGAGCCCGCGUCGCAGGGCUGCGCACAACUGCCACAUCCCAGGAUGCGGGAAAGUUUACGGCAAGACGUCCCAUCUGAAAGCUCACCUCCGCUGGCACACCGGGGAAAGGCCCUUCCUGUGCAACUGGCUCUUCUGCGGGAAGCGCUUCACUCGCUCUGACGAGCUCCAGAGGCACCUGCGCACACACACCGGAGAGAAGCGCUUCGAGUGCGGCGUGUGCCACAAGAGGUUCAUGCGCUCUGACCACCUGAGCAAACACGCCCGAACGCACGGCCCCGAGGGGUCCGAGAUUGGAGAGGAGGAAGCCGGGCUUGGGAAAGGCAAUAGUGAUACGGACAACGGUGUCAGCGGAAGCCCGAGGCAGUCCCCGGAGAUGCACGCGACCGUCCAAAACGAACAAGGUGAAAUAAACAGCAUUUUUUUACAACAGAAAGGAAAAAAAUAGAAAUGGCACUUUAUGAUGAUUGGCAGACUAAACAUGUUUACCUCAGGUUGUUUGUAACUUUCUUUAAAAAAUAAACAUCAUCAUGUUUGUA